AAAAUUUGUUUGAAGUUUUGGCGCGCCUGUCGGUAAAGGUUGUUUUCAAGAUGGAGCCAGCAUACCGCCGAGUUUUGAACCCUUUUCUCCUAAAACUACCUCCUGCUCGGACUUGAUAUUUCAAGAGAAAUCAUGAAUAACGAUACGCCAAGCUUUACGAAAGCUGAUGAGGCGAUGGAUUUCUUGUUGAACCAGGAUUUAUCCGGUCCGAAAGUUCGGGUAAAGGUCGAAACUUCUCUAGCAGUUGACAAGAUUGAAAGUAUUGCUCAUAAUGACGGUCUUCAGCCGGACCAAAUUGAAAACUUAGUCAAGUUAGCGACCAGUGGGAAGUAUGCUGAUAGUGUGUCUUCAAGACUCAUCAAGUCCCUGAUUCCUCAGGGAUCAGUUCCUUCAUCAGCUGUUGUGAUAGCAGGCUCACGGAUUUGUAAUAACAGACUUUCCAUCAGUAUUAAGGGUUUGUUGAUUCGAUGGAUAUUAAAUGUUUUCAACCUAAUUGAUGAUCUAAAAGAUGUGCAUUCAUUAUAUGGGAUCUUUUUCCUGUUCUUGGAAAGUGAUAUUUUGUGUCCUCAUAUAUGUCAUCUUCUGUAUUACUUGACAAGAAAAGAGGAUGUGAGAAAUUUCAGGAUCAGGAAACUAUUGGAUUUACAGAGUCGGGUGGGCAUCAAACCUUACCUGACUGGCUUACUCUUUAUGUACAAGAUUCAUUGUCCAAACCUUGUAACCAUGGCAACAUCAGCUUCAAACAAGAAAUUAUGGUUUAAGCAAUUAGAUAAAUCUUGGAAAGAAGCAAUUAAGAAAGUUCAGAACAAAUAUAAUCCGCAAGAACCAGUUGAUAGUUUUUUUCUUUCAGUGAGGACUGCAGAAAAAGCUCCUAUAACAAAGAGAAGAAAGCUCGGUGGUAUCAGCAUACCAGCUGUGCAGACGGCAGCGAUGGGAGAAACGAAAAUUUCCAUUGAACAGCUUUCAUCUUUCAAGGAUCUUCUGGAAAAUAUUGACAAUAUAGAGUUUCCAAGUCAGGUCGCGUCGGUUCUUAACUCUCCGUUCCUCCAACAUGUCCUGAGCUGCAACCCAGACUUUGUUAUGCUGCAGAGAUUAAACUUUUGGCUCAAUCAUUCACUGUACGAAGAAUUUCUGUGCGGAACAACAUCGGAGUCAGACUCGAGUAGCUUGAUGUUGCUACAGAAGCUGAAGAACUUUGCUGGUUUCCUUCAAGAGUCUGUCCCAGCCGUUGAGGCUUUCUUGGUUCGAUAUCUAUUUAUCUGGAAUGGACUAGACUUCAGGCCAUGGAUUCUUCACCUUAUCACCCAUCUGAGCCUGUGGCCAUUUCAGCGUUUAAAUGAUUUAGUUCUGGAGCCGCUCAGAAAGCUUUUCUUUUCCUCGCCGGUUUAUGUGAAGUGUCAAGUAAUGUACUGCCUCACGGAACUGCUGAGGAACUUCCUAGCUGUCGAGUUACCACGGCAACAAGAAUUACUUCAAGAGGAGCGUUCUCAAAGAGCACUUGACCUGGGCAGCGUGUCGUUAUUUGUUGAAGACGAAGUGGACCCUUUCGAUCCGCUCAAGACCAUCUAUGAUUUCAUUCAAUUUGUGGACAGGAUUUGUGUUGUAGCGCUGCAGGUCGAAGAAGACCACGCGUUAUUGCAGCACUGGGUUUUGAACUUUUUUGAACUGGUGUCGACUUCUUAUCAACAGUUUUCUCUGCCGUUUGUUCUGAUUCCUUCCUCUGGGAUCAUCUACAGAAUGCUGUUUUCCUGUAACUCUAUGGCUGUCUCAAGAUUGUGUCAAAUCAUUGUGAAUUACAAGAAGGAGUUUGAAUCUCUCAAAGCAUCACAAGCCGAAUCUCAGAGCGCCCCAUUAGGCUUCCCGGAUGGAUUUCAAAGCAUUCAGAGAUUUAACCAAUACAUCCUGGAUAUCUGCGAUAGUUUAUGGAGAAACAAAGCUUUUAUAGACAGAGACAAAUCGUUUUGUUUUAGCAUGCCAAGCUCGGUAACAGACCCGCUCUCUGUACGCCAUAUGAAUGAGUUGUUCUCAAUCCACCAUCAUAUAUCUUUGGUCGGGGAGGCCUGGAAAUUUCUUCAUCAGACUCAACCUGCCGGGAUGAAACUCACGCCAAGUUUAAUUAAGGGUCGCUCAAGACGAGCUUACAUGGAGUACCUAAAACAAAGAAAUUUUGGUGGAAUUCUUGUGUUCUUGGAAACUUUCAUCAGACCACGCUCGUGAAACCGAGCUAAGAUCGUCAUGGCUCGUAAGGACCGAUUAUAUAUAAGAUGCUAUAAGAGGAUUGUAACAUCGCACUGACUCGAAGUAAUCAGACAGGAAAAGAUUCAAUCACAGUUCUCCCUGCAACAGUUUCACAACCUCUGUAAAGGCCAAAUCAAAUAAGAAGCAGAGAGGGUGGACGGGAAUUGUAAGAAUUUCCCGUUCAACGCUCGGACCAUCAUUAGCGGGCCAAAAACGGUUGAAAGCACGCGAGAUGUGGAAAUAUUCGGGCAGGAAAAUCAGUGUUCCAAUUAAGUAAGGGGUCUCAGGUCAAAUAUCCGACAAGGUCAGCAACAUGACCCGACAAACUAAUAGAAAAUUUAUGGUGAUUUGGUGGGAGCAUUGGAAAUUGACCCGUUGGAAUUCCUCAUUGCCACCAUACCUCGAAAACUUAUCUGGAACCCUGAAAAUAGGAUCAUUUAUCACGAGAGUGUCCAAAACUCCCAUCUAGUGUUGAUAACGAUGUACAGCAAAACAAGCGCGGUAACUCUUUUCGCGUAUUCCCGUAAGGGAAAGAGCAGGUUUAAGUUUGAUACGUGAUCAAAAAAUAGCGAAGUUGCCGAGUCACGUCCGUCAUCUUCAGUUGAAUCCAGAGGCGCUCCUGAAAUAGUAGCCGUUACAACCCUUUAAUUCGCCAGUUAGGCUUAACGUCACCUUUUACAUUUUGCAGUCAGAGAGUCUCUCGUUAAAUUAACAAAUAUUUUAACUAGAAAGAACUAAUGUAUCAAGUGAGCCGGGCCCAGUCCACACCACGCCGGAGAAAUUUGAAAAC